AUGAGCUCCAACAGGCGCCACGCCCACCGAUCGCUCGCCAAUGGACCCUCGUCGCCCACCCGCGCAACCAUUCCCCCGGCCUUCCCCCGAGACGCCUCUCCGACCCCCAGAGGCGGAAGCGGAGGGCGCAAGCCGACCAAGAGUAGGCUCGAGAGCAGUGCUGGUCAUCACGCCUCCGCUUACGUCAGCAACCCUAAUUCUGCCGGACCAGCCCGGACCCACCAGCAGCAGCAGCCGCAGCAGCAGGGCGAGGCUUCUGUGCUUAUCGGGACUGUCUCUACCGGGGUUAAGAGAGGGGAUUCCAGCGUGACUGUCAGUGCGACGGGUAGGAAGGCAGGUGGGGAGAAGGGGGAUUCGGACUCCGGGCAGUUGCGGCUCACGGGGCGAGGCAGCUCGACUGGUAAGAGCAGCGGCGGGGAGGACGGGGGGCUGUCCAACAGCAGCAACGCCCGAAGCAGCAGCAGCAGCAGCAGCAACAGGGGGGUAAGCAACAGCAGCAGCGGCAACAGCAGUAGCAGCGGUGGCAGCGGUGGCAGCGGAAGCAGCGGAUGCAGCAAGGGGGGGGAGAUGGGGACGGGGGGCGUGCGGGAGGUGAGGGUGGAGGCGAUGUUCUUCGUGCACAUGUGCGUCUUCCUCGCCAUCCAGCUGCUCUGCCUCCACCGCUCCGCACUCCACGAUAUCAACUACCACGUCGUGCUUCUGGUCUGUCUGCUUCUCCUGCGCCGCAUAGUCGCCUGUUUCAUUGACUUCCACCAACCUGCCGCCAAUAAAGCUCCCCAAGCUGCCACCUUUCGGCCUGCCAAUAGCAGCAGUGCUAGCAGUAGCUUCCUCAGUCGGCUCUUCCUCCUGAGUAGCAGGAGGAACGAAAGCGCCAUUCCACCUCCUGCCUCUCUCAGCGGUGCUGGCAACGCCACGUCUUCCGCAGCGGACAGAGUAGGUGAUAGUGUAGCUCCUAGUGCGGUUAGAAGUGCAAAAGAAGCAGUCACCAGCGGUACAAAGGCGUGGAGGGUGAAGGGCAAGGCCGGGCGGGGAGGGGAUGAAGAAACGGCUGGUGCUGACGGUGCUGCUGCCAGGGAGUCGUUUCCUUUGACUGGUAGCGGCAUGGUGGCAGGGGAUGGAGUAAUCAAGGCAGGCAAUCACCACCCCACGGAUAGUUGUAGUGAAAGCGGUGGAAGCACCAUCGGCGCAGGAGGGGCAGGUGGUGUGGCGGAUUGCGCUGGGCAACAGCUCAUCGCAGGAGGGACAGGUGGUUCAGGCAAUGAGCUGUUGCCGGGAGACGAUGCGACAGAGAAGGGGAACUCUCUGCUUGAUCCGGGGCUUGCUGAUCCGGCAAGAGGCUCGGGGCAUGGGCAGUGGGAGCACCAUGUCUUUCCGCCCAUGGGCGUCGUCACUGGCACCUGCAGCUCCCUGCUUCUGGUGGGGCUGUACGUGGCGGCCGUGGCUCUCCUCGCGCUCAAGCUCUCCCUCACCCUCCCCUGGCAGUCGCAGCUGCUCCUCUUCGUCCCGCCCGUUUGCUACGCCAUCAUUGUCGCGCUGCUCAACCACCAGAUCAGUCUAAACUCGCACUCGCACUCCUCCCCUCCCUCCUCCAUCCCUCACACCUCCACAUCUCUGCACGACUGCACAGCCCCACAGAAAAUUCACACGGCUGGUGCUGCUUGUGCUGCUCCUCAUGCGGCAGUAGCAACGCCCUGCCAGCAGCCAAGCGCUGCGGCGCUGGCCCAAGCUGCUGAUGCGCCUGGUGCUCGUGGAGGCGUGCAUGGGGAGCUACCUGGUGGGGGUCCUCCCCAUCCAAGGCACCCAUCCCAAGCUGCUGAUGCGCCUGGUGCUCGUGGAGGCGUGCAUGGGCAGCUACCUCGUGGGCAUCGUCCCCAUCCAAGGCACCCACGUGAGUCACUCUCUGCUCUUGCUUCUAUGCUCAAACUUUUCUCAUGCAUGGACUGGACACCCAAGUGUGUGGAGUGGAUUUUGCCUCAACCCCAAGCUGCUGACGCGGCUGGCGCUCGUGGAGGCGUGUAUGCGCAGCUAGGGGUCGUCCCCAUCCAAGGCACUUACGUGAAUCAAAGGCAGCAUUCAACCCCUCGCAUGCAACACCUCGCAUGCAACCCUCGCAUGCAACCCUCGCGUGCAACCCUCGCGUGCAACCCUCACAUGCAACCCUCGCAUGCAACCCUCGCAUGCAACCCCUCGCAUGCAACCCUCGCAUGCAACCCUCGCGUGCAACCCUCGCGUGCACCCCUCGCGUGCACCCCUCGCGUGCACCCCUCGCGUGCAACCCUCGCACCCCUCGCGUCCACCCCUCGCGUGCACCCCUCGCGUGCACCCCUCGCGUGCACCCCUUGCGUGCACCCCUCGCGUGCACCCCUCGCGUGCACCCCUCGCGUGCAGCCCUCGCGUGCAACCCUCGCGUGCAACCCUCGCGUGCACCCCUCGCGUGCACCCCUCGCGUGCACCCCUCGCGUGCAACCCUCGCAUGCAACCCCCUCGCGUGCAUCCCUCGCGUGCACCCCUCGCGUGCACCCCUCGCGUGCACCCCUCGCGUGCACCCCUCGCGUGCACCCCUCGCGUGCACUCCUCGCGUGCACCCCUCGCAUGCACCCCUCGCGUGCAGCCCUCGCGUGCACCCCUCGCGUGCAACCCUCGCGUGCAACCCUCGCGUGCACCCCUCGCGUGCACCCCUCGCGUGCACCCCUCGCGUGCAACCCUCGCAUGCAACCCCCUCGCGUGCAACCCUCGCGUGCAACCCUCGCGUGCAACCCUCGCGUGCAACCCUCGCGUGCAACCCUGGCGUGCAACCCUCGCGUGCAACCCUGGCGUGCAACCCUCGCGUGCACCCUUCGCGUGCACUUCUCGCGUGCACCCCUCGCGUGCACCCCUCGCGUGCACCCCUCGCGUGCACCCCUCGCGUGCACCCCUCGCGUGCACCUCUCGCGUGCACCCCUCGCGUGCACCCCUCGCGUGCAGCCCUCGCGUGCAACCCUCCCGUGCAACCCUCGCGUGCACCCCUCGCGUGCACCCCUCGCGUGCAACCCUCGCGUGCAGCCCUCGCGUGCAACCCUCGCGUGCAACCCUCGCGUGCAACCCUCACAUGCAACCCUCGCAUGCAACCCUCGCAUGCAACCCCUCGCAUGCAACCCUCGCAUGCAACCCUCGCGUGCAACCCUCGCGUGCACCCCUCGCGUGCACCCCUCGCGUGCAACCCUCGCACCCCUCGCGUGCACCCCUCGCGUGCACCCCUCGCGUGCACCCCUCGCGUGCACCCCUUGCGUGCACCCCUCGCGUGCACCCCUCGCGUGCACCCCUCGCGUGCACCCCUCGCGUGCAACCCUCGCACCCCUCGCGUGCACCCCUCGCGUGCACCCCUCGCGUGCACCCCUCGCGUGCACCCCUCGCGUGCAACCCUCGCAUGCAACCCCCUCGCGUGCACCCCUCGCGUGCACCCCUCGCGUGCACCCCUCGCGUGCAACCCUCGCACCCCUCGCGUGCACCCCUCGCGUGCACCCCUCGCGUGCACCCCUCGCGUGCAACCCUCGCGUGCAACCCUCGCGUGCAACCCUCGCGUGCAACCCUGGCGUGCAACCCUCGCGUGCACCCCUCGCGUGCACUUCUCGCGUGCACCCCUCGCGUGCACCCCUCGCGUGCACCCCUCGCGUGCACCCCUCGCGUGCAACCCUCGCGUGCACCCCUCGCGUGCAGCCCUCGCGUGCACCCCUCGCGUGCAGCCCUCGCGUGCAACCCUCGCGUGCAACCCUCGCGUGCAACCCUCGCGUGCAUCCCUCGCGUGCACCCCUUGCGUGCAGCCCUUGCGUGCACCCCUCGCGUGCACUUCUCGCGUGCACCCCUCGCAUGCAACCCCCUCGCGUGCAACCCUCGCGUGCACCCCUCGCGUGCAGCCCUCGCGUGCAACCCUCGCGUGCAACCCUCGCGUGCAGCCCUCGCGUGCACCCCUCGCGUGCACCCCUCUCGUGCACCCCUCGCGUGCAACCCUCUCGUGCAACCCGCGCGUGCACCCCUCGCGUGCACCCCUCGCGUUCACCCCUCGCGUUCACCCCUCGCGUGCACCCCUCGCGUGCAACCCUCGCGUGCAGCCCUCGCGUGCACCCCUCGCGUGCAACCCUCGCGUGCAACCCUCGCGUGCACCCCUCGCGUGCACCCCUCGCGUGCACCCCUCGCGUGCAGCCGUCGCGUGCAGCCCUCGCGUGCAACCCUCGCGUGCAACCUUGCGUGCACCCCUCGCGUGCAGCCCUCGCGUGCAACCCUCGCGUGCAACCCUCGCGUGCACCCCUCGCGUGCACCCCUCGCGUGCACCCCUCGCGUGCAACCCUCGCGUGCACCCCUCGCAUGUACCCCUCGCGUGCAACCCUCGCGUGCAGCCCUCGCGUGCACCCCUCGCGUGCACCCCUCGCGUGCACCCCUCGCGUGCAACCCUCUCGUGCAACCCGCGCGUGCACCCCUCGCGUGCACCCCUCGCGUUCACCCCUCGCGUUCACCCCUCGCGUGCACCCCUCGCGUGCACCCCUCGCGUGCAGCCCUCGCGUGCAGCCCUCGCGUGCAGCCCUCGCGUGCAACCCUCGCGUGCAACCCUCGCGUGCACCCCUCGCGUGCAGCCCUCGCGUGCAACCCUCGCGUGCAACCCUCGCGUGCACCCCUCGCGUGCACCCCUCGCGUGCACCCCUCGCGUGCAACCCUCGCGUGCACCUCUCGCGCGCACCCGUCGCGUGCACCCCUCGCGUGCACCCCUCGCGUGCACCCCUCGCGUGCACCCCUCGCGUGCACCCCUCGCGUGCACCCCUCGCGUGCACCCCUCGCGUGCACUUCUCGCGUGCACCCCUCGCAUGCAACCCCCUCGCGUGCACCCCUCGCGUGCACCCCUCGCGUGCACCCCUCGCGUGCAACCCUCGCGUGCAACCCUCGCGUGCAACCCUCGCGUGCAGCCCUCGCGUGCACCCCUCGCGUGCACCCCUCGCGUGCACCCCUCGCGUGCAACCCUCUCGUGCAACCCGCGCGUGCACCCCUCGCGUGCACCCCUCGCGUUCACCCCUCGCGUUCACCCCUCGCGUGCACCCCUCGCGUGCAACCCUCGCGUGCAGCCCUCGCGUGCACCCGUCGCGUGCAACCCUCGCGGGCAACCCUCGCGUGCACCCCUCGCGUGCACCCCUCGCGUGCUCGCGUGCAGCCCUCGCGUGCAGCCCUCGCGUGCAGCCCUCGCGUGCAACCCUCGCGUGCAACCCUCGCGUGCACCCCUCGCGUGCAGCCCUCGCGUGCAACCCUCGCGUGCAACCCUCGCGUGCACCCCUCGCGUGCACCCCUCGCGUGCACCCCUCGCGUGCAACCCUCGCGUGCACCCCUCGCGUGCACCCCUCGCGUGCAACCCUCGCGUGCAACCCUCGCGUGCACCCCUCGCGUGCACCCCUCGCGUGCACCCCUCGCGCGCACCCGUCGCGUGCACCCGUCGCGUGCACCCCUCGCGUGCACCCCUCCCGUGCACCCCUCGCGUGCACCCCUCGCGUGCACCCCUCGCGUGCACCCCUCGCGUGCACCCCUCGCGUGCAACCCUCGCGUGCACCCCUCGCGUGCACCCCUCGCGUGCAACCCUCGCGUGCAACCCUCGCGUGCAACCCUCGCGUGCACCCCUCGCGUGCACCCCUCGCGGGCACCCCUCGCGUGCAACCCUCGCGUGCAACCCUCGCAUGCACUAGUGAGCCGCCUCUCAUGCUGUCUGCUGCUGGUGUUCGCGUUUGUGGGGGCGGCCAUGCUGCUUAUGAAGGAGGCGGUGCUGCGUCCCCCCUCAAACCCCCCCCCUCCCUCUACACCCCCAACCUGUCUUUUCAGAUGCACGAGGACAUACUAGUGAGCCGCCUCUCUUGCUGUCUGCUGCUGGGGUACGCGUUUGUGGGGGCGGCCAUGCUGUUGCUCAUGAAGGAGGCGGUGCUGCGGCGGGAGCAGGUGGAGUAUGUGGCAGCACACCUGGGGUGCUGGCACCGCGUGGACGUACCAAAUUUCACCAUCAGCAGGGACGUGGCGGAGUGGAACCCCCACAGUGUGCCGUACAGUGAGGGAGCCAUUGUGCAGCGAGGGGGGCGUCUCUUUGUGGGUCUCGGCAGGUUCAACACCGCCCAGCCCGGCUCGCUCUCCGCCGCCCUCCUCUUUCUGCUGCACCACCAGCCGCUUGUCUUCUCCAACUGGGUCGUCGGCACUCAGAUCUGCGUCUCGGUGAGCACCCAGGCUUAG